CCGGCCAGCAUUUGGCUUGUGACAACCCUUGGAUCAAUGAGGCGGUGUACCUCGGUCUUUUCCAGGAUAACGCCGCUCAUUGUUUGCGGCCUUCACAGCAUGUCAGCUGUUUUCGAUCAAACAGCCAAUUGCGUCGAACGUAUAACGCUCACAAGAUCACUUGACUACGGUUCAUGCACCCAAUCAGAUUACUUGGUACUCUCGGUACAUGUGCAGCGACAUCCCCAGACUUUUUGGUGCGGAGUCGGCUGGCAUGUGAAGACAUGGGGGCUCAUACAUCAUAGCUCAUUUCCGAGCGGCUUUGCCUUGUAACGAUACCAUCUUCUUGUACCAACACUUUGUGCCUCUUUUUCUCUACCUUCCUUCAAAAUGUCGCAACGCUAUUCGACCGAGCAGGUGCAAAAGCACAACACAACGAAGGACCUGUGGAUUGUUGUAGACGAGGAUGUUUACGACCUCACAAACUUCCAGGAGGAUCAUCCAGGAGGCAAGAAGAUCCUGCAACGCGUGGCAGGCAAAGACGCUUCAAAGCAGUUCUGGAAAUACCACAAUGAGGGCAUCCUCAAGAAGUACAAGAAACUCCAAGUCGGAUCGCUAGACUCCAAGGCUGUAGAGCCAACUCCAGCUCCAGCGCCAGCAAAGGAGGAGAAGGAGAUCGUGGAGCCUGAGCUCAACUCAGGUGUCGUCGCGCCCAUGCCAACCGAGGCUGCCGCUGAGGAAUCUGAACCUUUCGAUUCAUACGGCGACUUGAUCCCAUACGCUGAUCCAUCGUGGUACCAAACAUACCACUCGCCUUACUUUAACGAGACCCACGUCGCCCUCCGCGAGGAAGUCAGGAAAUGGGUAGAGGAGAAGAUCAUGCCCUAUGUCACCGAAUGGGACGAAGCGAGGAAGAUCCCCGACGAGAUAUACCGCGACAUGGGAGAGCGAGGAUACUUGGCCGGCUUAUUGGGGAUACACUUCCCAGUAGAGCUGACGGACCGAAGAGUAAAGUGCGUGCCGGCUGAGAAAUGGGAUCAUUUCCACGAGAUGAUUCUCACAGACGAGCUGUCUCGCACUGGCAGUGGAGGUCUCGUCUGGGGGCUGAUCGGUGGGUACGGAAUCGGCGCACCGCCACUCUUCAAGUUUGGCAAGCCAGAGCUUGUAAAGCGCAUCGGUCCCGGUCUGCUCAGCGGCGAGAAACGCAUUUGUCUUGCCGUUACCGAGCCAGAUGCUGGCAGCGACGUCGCAGGUCUAAACUGCGAAGCCAAGCUCUCCGAGGACGGCAAACACUACAUCGUCAACGGCGAGAAGAAGUGGAUUACCAACGGCAUCUGGUCUGACUACUUCACGACCGUCGUCCGCACCGGCGGAGCCGGCAACACAGGCGUGUCAGUCCUUCUGAUCGAGCGCAGCGCGGGCGGUGUCUCGACGCGCAAAAUGGACUGCCAGGGAGUGUGGAGCAGCGGCACCACCUACAUCACCUUUGAAGACGUCAAGGUCCCCGUUGAGAACCUGAUCGGCAAGGCGAACCAAGGCUUCAAAGUCGUCAUGACGAACUUCAACCACGAGCGCAUCGGCAUCAUCAUCCAGUCCGUCCGCUUCGCCCGCGUCUGCUACGAAGAAUCGGUCAAAUACGCACACAAGCGAAAGACUUUCGGCAAGAAACUCAUCGAACACCCAGUUAUUCGCCUCAAGCUUGCGCAUAUGGCUCGCCAGAUCGAAGCGUCGUACAAUUGGCUCGAGAACCUCGUCUACCAGUGCCAGAAGAUGGACGAGAUGGAAGCCAUGUUGAAGCUCGGUGGCGCUAUUGCUAGCUUGAAGGCGCAGAGUACUACCACAUUCGAGUUCUGCGCUCGUGAAGCGAGUCAGAUAUUCGGUGGGUUGAGCUACAGCCGGGGAGGGCAAGGCGCCAAGGUCGAGAGACUGUACAGAGAUGUCAGGGCUUAUGCUAUUCCUGGUGGUAGCGAGGAGAUCAUGCUAGAUUUGAGCAUCAGGCAGGCUUUGCGGGUACACAAGGUGUUGGGAAUGAAGCUGUAAGAUAUAGCAGACGUUGGACAGUUGGUAGUGUAAUUUUAUUAUCUUUGCCGUGGAUGAUUGAGAGUAAAAUCUAAAGUAGUUCAUGUAUGUCUAAGAAUUGCGAUCUAGCCUUUCGAUCUAAACUGUAAUCAACAUAUAUAUACAUGCCAAGUUGUAGUCAUAUUACCGCGGUAUGGGGUAUCAUCGCUAAUCCAUGUUCUCCAAGUUACUGCCCACAUCCACUGGAGUCUGCCCUUCGGCCACCAUGAUACCCACCAUGCAUUCGCCCAUCAUGUUCUCCCAGUUCACCCACGGGUGCACCUCCAUGAACAGCUUGCUGCCAUCCUUGCCCGCAACCCGCCUCAAUUCCCCCUCGCCUCCAGGAUGAUACGGCAGAUAGGGCGAAAUAUUGUACACCUUCCCUUGGUAGCUCGACCAUGCCGGUUUCCCCUU